UGCUAUCUUUGCCACGGCUGGUAAUGAAAUAAAACAAUGAGUCAGAAACUAUGAAAAAAGUGAAGCAAAUUAUCAUUAGCAGACGUGAAACUGUCACCUUUAAUUUUACAACCCCCGCAUCAGCAUGUUUUGUCCUAGACUACAUAUAUAAAUCUGUAUCGAUCCUACCUGUAAUAAGACAGGGGAUUGUGACUGUCAGGUUAAUGAGCAACUAUAGCAACCUUUGUUCACACUAGCACUUAUGUAUGAAGUAUGAAGGUGUUGAAGAACAGUAAUUCUCUGUGAAAAGAGACAUAUAGACACAUGCUGAAGAGCUGAAGGAACAGUUGGAUGGUUAGGUAUCAGAACGGCUAACGAUCAUCUGCACCCUUACUGGGUCACACUGAAAUGGCCAUGGUUCAGGACAAGGCUUCAGAUAUUCUGGCAGAGCAGAACAGUCCUUUGCUACAGGACCAGGAGGUCAUGCCCUUCACCAGCUAUCCCGGCAUGCAGUACACCUCGGUGGAGCCCUCCAUGUCAUCACCAUCAUACUACUCCAGCCAGCACUGCUACUCACAGUACAAUGGAGAGGAGUGGUACUCUCCAUCCACCAUGUUUGAGAUGAGGAAAGGACCGUUGGAGGGAGGCUUUGAUAAUGAGCUGGACGAGUCUUGCCCAGUUGUUCCAACCAUCUGUAAAAGAUCCAGACACGCAGCCCACUCUGGAAGGAACAAAGGAGAGGAACUGUGUGUGGUCUGUGGAGAUAAAGCAUCAGGGUAUCACUACAAUGCACUCACAUGUGAAGGAUGUAAAGGUUUCUUCAGAAGGAGUAUUACAAAGAAUGCUGUAUAUAAAUGUAAGAGUGGAGGAAACUGUGAGAUGGACAUGUACAUGCGCAGAAAAUGCCAAGAAUGUCGACUCAGAAAGUGCAAAGAGAUGGGCAUGUUGGCAGAGUGCUUAUUAACUGAAAUCCAGUGCAAAUCCAAAAGACUGAGGAAAAACACAAAGGCCUCAUCUGACGAAAGUAUAGGGGAUGAUGUUGGUGAUAGUAGAGACGCUAAACAAAUUGUAUCUACCACUAAACAGUCCAAGGAGAAUAUAGAACUGAGCCAAGACCAACAGGCUUUAAUAAGUUAUAUAGUUGAUGCUCACAACAAACAUCGCAUCCCUCAGGAUAUGGCGAAAAAACUGCUACAAGAGCAAUUCAACACAGAAGAAAACUUCCUUCUGCUGACCGAAAUGGCAACUAGCCACGUUCAGGUGCUGGUUGAGUUCACAAAAAAUAUACCAGGCUUUCAAUCUCUGGACCACGAAGAUCAGAUCGCUUUAUUAAAAGGUUCCGCUGUAGAGGCAAUGUUCCUGCGCUCAGCACAGGUUUUCUCCAAGAAACUGCCCAAUGGACACACAGAGGUGCUAGAGGACAGGAUCAGAAGGAGUGGCAUAUCUGAAGAAUUUAUCACACCCAUGUUUAACUUCUAUAAAAGCAUUGGGGAGCUGCAGAUGAUGCAAGAGGAGCAUGCUCUCCUUACUGCUAUCACGAUCCUCUCACCAGACAGACCAUACGUAAAGGACCAGCAGGCGGUGGAGCGUCUGCAGGAGCCCAUGUUGGAGGUGCUGAGGAAGGUCUGUAAACUACAGCACCCCCACGAGCCCCAGCACUUUGCUCGGCUUCUCGGCCGUCUGACUGAGCUUCGUACCCUCAACCACCACCACGCAGAAAUGCUGGAGUCAUGGCGUAUGAGCGAUCACAAGUUCACCCCCCUCCUCUGUGAGAUCUGGGACGUUCAGUGACUUCAGAAGUGCUACAGACUUUUACUAAGCUGCCAAAGAGAGGAGUUUACACACUUUUUAGAGAAGUGGACUGUUAAACUAUGUAAUGUAAAUGUAAUAUAUUGACGAGGUUCACGUAAAAGAGGAAAUAAGAAGAUUUAAGACAUUAUCAGCUCUUUAAAAAAGGACUGAUGUACGCAUUUUGAUAUUUUAAUGCCUUUGUAAAUGUUUACCUGGCCUUUGCAACCUUGGCACAUUGGAUUGUUUAAAAUCUGCUUUCCUUUAUCUGAGGAUUUUGUGGCUUUUUACAUUUUAUGUCUGUUUUUGUUUUGUGUAAUUCUAAAUAUUUUAAUGUUCUAUUAAUAUUAAGGUUCUGACUGACCUGUGGUCACUCUUUUCACUUUUUUCGAGAAUUAUGUAACCAUACUGUUCAUCAUCCGAACCGUUUUUAAGAAAUUUAGCAUUACAUCACUUGUUCACCUCAGCAGUGAUUGAUGUUCAAAAACAUCACAAUAAUCCACAAGGAAUGCAUCCAUCCACCAAUCAACAUCUUGUCAAGUAGAAAAAAAGAAACGUAUGUAAGAAACAAAUAUACAUAAUUUGGACGUAAUUUUAAACCAUUGCUUCCAGCUAACGUUAAAAUACCUUGAUGUAUUUGUUUCUUACAAACAUGCAGCUUUUCACUUCAUGAGAUGGACUGUUGUGUGGAUUACUUGUAGAUUAUUGUGAUGUUUUUAGCAGCUGUUUAGACUCUCAUUCUGACGGCACCCAUUCAAUUCAGAGGAUCUACUGGAAGGCAAGUGAUGUAAUGCUCAAUUUCUCUAUUCCAAUAAAGAAACAAACUCAUCUAGAUCUUG